UUUUUUCGAUGUGUAGGAUUGACCAUGUAGUGGUCGGUGUAGUCAAACAGAUAAUAAUAAUUACCAAACGAACACACAAUAUUUCCAUCAAAACGGCAUUUUAUGAAGUAUUAAAGUAUUAAAACAUAUACAGUUUUUCAAGUAAAAUUAUUUUGCCUCAUUUUCCUGCAGGCCGCAAUGUUCCGCGGACGGCCGCACCGAGGAGGCAAGGAGAGAGGAGAGGGGCUUCCACGGCAUUACCUACCUCGUCACUCUCCUCCGCCGGGGGGAUAUUACCGGGACGAGCGGGAGGACAGGGAGCGUCACCACUUCUCUGGGUACCGCGGAAAGCACGAUGGCUACCGACGCUCUCCUCCUGGGAGGAGGUGUCUCUCCCCGGGCAGGAGCAGCAACCGAGGACCGAGACUGUCUCCAUCUCCACUUCAUUCUAGCAUCCCACUUGAUCACAGUUUGAUCAUCACUGUUGGAAAUGAACGGAGCCAUAGUGGCUCACCGGACCACCGGAGAGUUGACCCUCCAAUCAAUCACAGAUACAGGGAUCAUCUGGAGGACGACUACAGUAGAAACUCUCUACCUCAAAGAGAAAUUUCUUCGCGCAACUGGGAAGACCAUGACUUCCUCGGGGGGAGCCCACACUACCCUCACCGGCGAGGGGAGGGACCUGGGGGAAGCAGCCGAGAAAGAGAAAAGUUCCUUAAGCUCCACUACAUGCCCAAGGAAGCCAAGAGACCCAAGUAUGACAUGGAGCCUGAGGGCAGGAAUUACUCCUCAGAGAGGUCCCGUAGGCCCGAUCGCACGAUGGAGAGUGGCCGUAGCAGGGUGCGCAGCCACAGCUGGGGCCGAAGCAGAAGUCGUAGUAGGGACAAGAAUAGGGGCCGGAGCCACAGUGCCAGCCCGCUCAAAAGCAGUUUAAAAAAUGACACCAGUGAGGGCUUCCGGGAACUGGUGCAGGCUCGCAAGAGAAAGGAGGAGGAGGAGCUGGAGAGGCUGGAGCGGGAGAUUGCUCAGCGUGAGAUGGCUGGAACUGUAGGUUAUGGAAUCCCUGUGCUGCCUGUCCGGUCGACGGAGGCUGCUGAGUUCAGGCAUCAGCGACUCGAUGAAGCUCCACCAAUGCCUAAGAAGUCCAUUCUUAAGAAGCGCGUUGAGCCGGAAAUGGAUCCUGCCCUCAGCAUUCAGAGCAGUGACUACUCCAGCGGACCCCCUGAAGUGCAGCAAAGCAGCAAUUUAUCUACAGAGUCUGUGCGUUUCCUCAACACGCUAAGCAGAGGCAUGGAUUCUGAGCUAUUUUCUUCUCUGCUCAGAGAAGCAAGAGAGGAGACUUAUGUCAAAGAGACAAUAGGGAAGCUUACUGAAGGCUCGUUUCCGUAUGAGGAGCGUUAUGAGGAAUCCUAUAGGAAAGCAGAGCCAGAGAACCCUGUGGAGAUCGCUGGUGAAUUCCUCCUGCCACACGAGAGGGUCAGUCAGGAUGGCAGCGGUUUUUCUAGAAUUUUAGGAAUGAUGGGUGAUUUCCCCAGUCCACAGGAAAAGCCGAGGCGUUCUCCAGAUAUUGAAGAUGAGGAAAAAUUCCUCUAUGGAGAAGAGGAAGUUGAGAGGUCAGAGGCUCAGGUGCAGGCUGGACUGGCCCGACAACAGAGCCAGCCAGGUCAUUCUGGAAUUGUCCACCGUCAGCAGAGCCAUCCAGGGAUGGACCACCAGAGCAAGCCUGCGGUCGGCAAGCAACACAGCAAGACUGCUGUUGGUGAGCAUCAGGUGGUCCAGGCUGCAGCUAGCUGCCAUCAAGAAAACCAGCCUGGGAUUUUGCUUCGCCAGAACCAAUCUGGUAUUGUCCAUCAGAAAGAGAGUCAGUUUGGAAUUAGUCACCAUCAAUUGAUUGUUCCUAGGAUUCCGAGCCAUCAUCUUAGCCACCCUGGGAUUGGACAGCAUCAAGAAAGCAAGUCAGAGAUUGGUCAUCAUCAGCAUAGUCACGCAAGGACUGAUCAUCCUCAAGAGAGUCAGCCACACAAUGCGCACAGUCAGCAGAGCCAACCUGUGUCAGUCCAUAGUCAACAUGGGAUAUCCCAAGAAGACCUGAAUACCUCUCCAGUGAAAGGAGAAGAGACUCAGGAUUCCAAGGAGUAUGAAAAGAUUCAAACCCUGCUAAAAACAAUUGGUCUAGAUAUGGGGGUGGCUGAAAUCAGCAAGCUGGCUGCACGGACUCAGGAGCGCUUGCACGGGAAGAAACCUCCAGCAGGGACUUCUCGUUACUCUGACGGAGAAGGAGGACGCAGGGUAUCAGCAGGCAGAAACUGUGAGAACCAGAACAGCCAUACCAAAUCUCCUGAGUCCAAUUACAACCAGUCCAUCUCUCCAGCUCCUACUAGACGAGCCUCUCACGGUGAAAAUCCUUCUUCCUCCUUCACAUCAGAGUACAGUGUUAAACAGGGUGAAAAAAAGGGAUGGGAAAUCCCAGUUUUAGGGGAAAAUGUCAAGCCGGCUCCAGUAUCAUCUGCCUCUGUCCUCCCUAUGACUGCCCAACCUAUUGUCUCCUUAACCCCCUCGCCUACUUACUGUAUGCCACCAUACUCUCAAUACCAACCUACACCAGCCACACCAAACUUUCCUCCGUCUGGCUAUGAUCAGUAUGGAAAUUACAUGCCUUACAUGUCCACAGGUUGGCCAGCAUACCCCCCUCCAUCACAGGAGCCUCAACCAGGGCCCCAACAAGGUGUUGUGUCUGGUCACUCAACUGGCCACCCACCCAUCGAAGAGCAACAUGUGACAUCUUCUAGGCCCUAUCUCCGAGUCAUCGAAACUGUGUCCCUCAGUCGGACAAAAGUAAAGCCCAAGAAAGAUGAGUCUGCUCUUGUCCAAGUGCCAGUGAUAGACAGACUAGAAAAUAAUAAUUCAUCCAACUGCAUUGUGUUAGUGGGGCAAAGUAAACAACGGAGAGAAUCUAAAGAAAAAAAUAAGGCCAAUGAGAAGCAAAAGGUUAUAGAAGAAAGUGUGGCAUUGAAGAAAGAAAAAGAGGUCCGUUUGAAAAGAAAGGACCACCUCAUGAAGGAACUGGAGAGAUUGCGAAAGCAGCAAGGAGAGCUUCUGCGUAAGAAGCGCAGGGAGAAGGACGGUCACAAGGACCCUUUGCUGGUGGAGGUGAACCGGCUUCAAGAGGAAGUCAUGCAGCAAAUCUCUGUGAUCCGUAAGGAGCAUGAAGCAGCCGAGAAGAAACAGGCAGAGCUGGACAAGGUGGCGCAGAUCUUGGGCCUGCACGUUUCUGACAAACCGAAAAAAAUUCCCAAGGAUAUUAGAGAGACCCCUCCAGAGAAAAGAAAAGAGAAACCAAAGAGCCCCGAAAAACCCUUCCCCACGUUCCGCUCCAACGCCUCUUUGUCUAAGGAAGCACCCAUUUUGAAGUCUGCUCCUGAAAAGCCCAAGAGUAAAAGCCCAGAUCGUUUCCAACCUCCACCGAAGUCUGCAGAUCAAUAUGAAUAUUAUGAUGCAGGGAAUCAUUGGUGCAAAAACUGCAACACGCUGUGCGGGUCCAUGUUUGAUUUUUUCACACACAUGCACAGCAAAGCUCAUAGAAAGACACAGGAUCCUUAUGAUAGACCCUGGGCUUCAAAAACCUCUAAAAAUGACAAGACGACUGAGAAAAUCGUUGUUCCUGCAAAAGGUUCUGAGUUUUUGACUCCUGUCAUAGGAUUUUACUGCAGGCUAUGUGAAGAGUUUUGUGGAGAUCAGAUCUGUGCUGAAGAUCAUGUUUCAAGUUGUAGUCAUAAUGAAAAAUAUAAGAAAUACGUUGACGAGAACCCGCUGCAUGAACAGAGGAGGAAUCUGGACCGUCAAGCAGGUCUGGCGGUAAUCAUAGACAAUAAAGAGCGAAGGCAGACAGAGCUGAAAAGGAAAAUGGAGGAGGACCCCAAAGUUCAGAAAGUGGAAGAGGAGAAAGCAAAGGUAAUGGUAAAGGAGGAAAGUGAAGAACCUGGGAGCCCCGUGGAGCUGUGUGAAAAGGCACCCACACCUCUUAAAGGGGACAGCAACUUCAAGCAUGUGGUGCAACUGAGGCUGAAAAAAAUACCUGAGAUAGCAAAGAAUUCUGCAGCGUCUACCACUUUCGGAAAGUCCUGCUUGAAGAAAUCAGACAAGGAAGAGGAGAAAGUAUCAGAACCGACAACCGAAAAGGAAGAGCUUGGAGAAAAGGAGGAUGGGAAGGCACAGUUUGGGAAAACAAAAGCCAUUGCGAUUAAGCUCUCGGGAGAGACAGUUGUUCCCCAUACCAGUGUGUCGGUGCCCUUUAGUACUACCCCUCCCGUGGCAAGCCAAGCAAAAAUUCGUCCUAACUUGCCUGCCCCAGCGAUUCAGCUCAGAAAGGCUAGCAGUACAGCAGUUAAUAAACCUGCCCCUUUAAAUGCCUUCCUGUCUAUAAGACCUGCUGGUACCGCUGCCAGCAAACCCCUACCUAUUAUUCAGAAUAUUCCAAAAAAGGAUGUUAUUGUGACACCUGAUCUUACUUCAAAGGCAUUUUGUGGGGAUGAAGUUGUACUUAAAACUCCUCCUGUGAUGGUAGUAAAAACUCCUGUCACCACCACGGUGACCGAAGCAAAAACUCCAGAGGGGGAACUAAAAAGUAACACAGAGGCAGCAGUAAAAUCUCCAGUGCCAGAAAAGAAAACCCCUUCCAUUCCUCAUCCAGUUAUGCAGGCAGUGAGUUUUAAUUGUGAUGUUGCAGCACUUGAUGUGCCAGCAAGUGAACAAAACUUGAUCCUACUCGUCCAACCCUCUUCUUUACAUAAGGAUUGGGGGGAGAUGACAGAAAAAAGUGAGAAACCCAAACCAAACUUGGCUGUGGCCAAUGCACAAGAUCUGUAUAUGUUUUAUAGUAGCAGUGGGAAAGGUUCCUCCGAUGUCAAAAAUGAAAUGAACACUGGAAAUACCGAGAUGCAAGCCAAUUAUGGAGAAAGCCCCAUAUCUUGUAGUGCAGAAUUGGAGAAUAAAAGUAAAGAGUCUGAGAUACUUUUUUCUGAAGUUGAAAAAAAGAAUGAGAAGCAGGCUAUCCAGAAAGGAGGAGAUGAAACUGGUAAUGUGGAUGCUGGUAAAACAAACCAAGAAUCCAUUCCAGUAAUCCAAAGUCCUGGUGUACAGGGUAUUUCUAGUAAUAACGUAUCUUUGCGUAUUGGCAUCCACAUUGAUGAUCCACUCUCUCUGACCACAGUACCCCGGAAUAAGGAAAUCUGUGGCCAGAAAAUUUUGGACAGCCUUGAAACCAGAACAUUAAUGUCCUCUAACACUGAGCCACAUACCUUUUAAUACAGAGGAGAAUCUCCCAAGUCAUGCUUUUCUACAAAUUUGACUUGAGUUAAAUGCUCCAAGGGACGACCCAGAACCCCUAAAGUUAGACGUGACAGAUGGUGGUAUUUCUGCAGAUCUUGACAGUUUUGAAACUCCUGAGUUAAACCUUGAUACUUAUGACUUUUGUUUUGAAACUGCAGAUUUAAAUAUCCCUGAAACCUGAGACUGUCCCUGAGACUCAGGAGGUACAAAAUGUAGAGGACUUAACAUUGGAGAUGAUCAACAAAUGCAGUGAUCUAAGCCCACCAAGCCUGGGAGCCGAAUUAAAUGAAAUAAAUAGAGAAGAGGAGAUGCACAGCAUUUCAGGUCACCUGAUGUUGGAAGAUAUUGGCAAGGUGGUUAGCUCAUUUGCCUUAGAAACUGGUACCCCUGGACCCUCUGAUAUAAGCUCCUCUCAGGAAGCACAGCAGUCUAAAAAGGGACAGAUCAGUCAUCUUACAGCACUGGAAUCUUUUGAAGCUCGGACAACGUUUUGGAGAACAAGGCUGAAGAGCAGUCUGCAAGUCUUUCGUCUCACCCUAAAGAUGAAGAUGCGAAGGAUACAGGUCUCGUAGAGAGCAUUUCUGAUAAUACUGAGAAUAAUCCAUGAAAUGUCUGUUUUUGUUUUCACGGUUUGUAUAUUGAUACUAAUAUGACAUAUGUUUAACAUUCACCGCUCUUCUUCAGUUAUGUUUCGGCUCAAGUUGUAUUUAAUAAUUUAGUUAUUGUUUGUUAUUAAAGGCACACAUACAGAGGCUGCUUUUUUUUUUUUUUUUAAUAAGUUUAUUUGCCCUUACUAUUGCCAUUCCUGACACUUGUUUAAAAUAAAUGUAAAAGUAACUUGUACUGUAUGUCUGUCGGUUCUGAAAAAGUACUGUACAGAAGUUGUACUUGUUCAUGAAAAUGUGUACUUUUUCUGUUAAGUAGUGAUGGGCACCAAUAUUGAUAUUUUGGUAUGAUAGUGAUAGUAAUUACCAUAUUGCAAUAUCAUGGGAUUUAAAAUUGUUUGCUUCAUCAACAACUUUUUAAAAUUAAACUUGAGAGCUUUUGGUGAAAUAAACAUGUUGGGUCAAUUGCAGCAUGCCAAAUGUAGUCCACUUGAUGUGUGUAACUAGUGGAUUAACUUAGUACACUUGCUUGUCCUAAGCAUUUAUUGCUUCAUUUUUUUUUUUUUUUUUUUUGCAGAGACAGCUGCAUUUUUCUUCUAAAAUGACAUCUGAAAACUUUAUUCUGUACAUUUUUUCUGUCCGUCAUGUUCGGGCAGUCAGAUCCGUCAGAGUAAAGGCUUGUGCAAUAUACAUAGGCCCUAUAUUUAAAUAAACGUUUUAAUCAUGUACCUCCUGACACUGUUUUCAUUUUAACACAAUACAAUUUCAGUUAAUAUUCUUUAUUAACUAUAAACUAAUGGUCCAUUAUCACGCAGUUCAACUUUUCUGUGCAGCAGUGUCAGCAGCUUAAAUGCAACUACAGUAUGAUCCGCCAGUUUUAAAUGUGUAUGAAAAGGAUUGUAACUUAAAUAUGUUUGAUGUAAUAAAAAUGCAUCUUUCUUUAUGUACAAAGAUCCCUUUUAUAUAUUUAUCUGCCACCAAACUCCACAUAUCAGAUUAGUAAAGGGUUUAUACAUCUGUAUUUUUAAAAUUGAAAUAAUUAAAAGAAACUAUAUGAACAUAAUUUAGAUCUUUUAUUCAACAU